UUUCUUUGCGUGUCCCGUUCUUCACAACAUCUGGUAUUUGCUGUUCGGUUGAAGUUGAGUUGACGUUUUCUCGCUAGAUCUCCUGGAACGUAUUACAUGUGACCAGUUGAGCAGUGCUCCUUUAUAAACACAGCGUGUUAAUCAGACGAAGCUACAAUGGUCGACCACGAAUACGCGCUCUCGGCAAUAAAGCGCUCCAUCGCACAACAGAAUACGGGAAAUGACGACGAUUUGAGAAUGGAGAGGCAGCACUUCACCAGGGAGGAGCUGGAUCACUACAAGGAAGCGUUCAGUCUCUACGAUACCCAUGAUAAGGGCUACAUCACUACCAAGGAGCUGGGGGCGCUUAUCAGGUCACUAGGUCAGAACCCCACAGAAUCAGACCUGGCAGAGAUGAUAAACGAGGUGGAUUCAGAUAAGAACGGCUUGUUAGAGUUCGAGGAGUUCAUCAGGAUCAUGGCUAAGAGAAUGACUUGGGAAAGUAUGGCUUUUGAAAUCAGCGAGGCCUUCCGGGUGUUCGACCGUGACAGGAACGGGUUCAUCAGUGCAGACGAGCUGAGACACCAAGUAACCACUGUUGGAGAUAAACUAACACAAGACGAAGUAACAGACCUGCUCAGAGUAGCUGACCAGAACGGAGACGGCCUCAUCGACUACAAGGAAUUUGUACGGAUGAUGCUGAAUCUGGGAGUGGGCUACGACAUCGACGACAAAUCUUGCGACUCAAAGGUGUGGUCGUGCUACAACAACAGUGUAACGGUGAACACUAGUGAACAUAACAGUUACACUAACAAUUCAGGACCUGUUUCUUCUGUUUGUGAUAUUGACACGUGAUAUUGACACGUGAUAUUGACACGUGAUAUUGUGAUAUUGACACGUAACACUAGUUAACUAGAAAAGAUGAGAGAUCCCUGUCAUGUUUGAGUUAUUCUUAAUUCAUUCUUGACUUAUUUUAUCCAGUGCUAAAAUUCACUGCUCAGAUCCACCAUGAAAACUAAUCAAACUGUGAUGAUUUUGUAAAAUCUCUAAAAUGUAAAAUAGCAGCAAAAAAAGUUCCAUGUUUAGUGAUCACAUUGAGUGUUAAAUUGUGCUUUGACUGAACAGAUCGAUAAUAUUAAUUCAGUGCAAUAACAAAGCUGGUGUUUCGCACAAAAUUUUACGAACUUAUUAAUGAUCAGGUUUCAAUAAAUCUUUUUAACGUUUGUUAUAACAAGUGAAAGGCUUAGUAAGACUGAGACAGUAGUUAUAUUAUAUAACGGCUGUCGGUUACCGAGUUAAUGUUACCUCGAUUGAGGGAUUUAAUAGUCUUUUGAUCUUAUGUUUGGUCUAAUUUUCUGGACUAGAUGAUGGAAAAAGUUUGAACAUUUUGUAUUUAAUUGAUAUUAACUAUA